ACUAAAAGAUAAUCAUGUCAUGUUACGUUUAGCGCUAAACUAGGAAACCCUUAUUUCGUGGUCGGGGAUACUAUAAUAUAAAAAAACUAGAAGGUACUAAACUACUAAUCUCAUAUCUUCAUUCUAAAUUUUCAAGAAAGAUAAUAAUAGUAAGUGGGUAUAGUUAAAAACAGUUUGUGUUCAAACAGAGCUAAACUGGAUCUCAAAAAAAUGGCCGACGAAGUGAUUCUUCUUGAUUAUUGGCCAAGCAUGUUCGGGAUGGGGACGACGAAGAUAGCUUUGGCUGAGAAAGGAGUGGCGUAUGAGUACAAGGAGACAGACCCUAGGGCGAAGACAUCUUCGCUCAUCGAGACGAAUCCAAUUCACAAGAAGAUUCCGGUUCUCAUCCACAAAGGUAAACAGAUCUGUGAACCUCUUAUCCAGCUCGAGUACAUCGACGAGGUUUGGUCCGAUACAUAUCCUAUCCUCCCUUCUGAUCCUUACCAGAAAGCUCAAGCUAGAUUCUGGGGUGCUUUCAUCGACAAAAAGUUUUACGACCCAUCAUGGAAAGUAUGGGGAACAACGGGGGAAGAACAAGUUACAGCCAAAAAAGAAUUGCUUGAACAUUUCAAGACACUUGAAACGGAGCUUGGAGACAAAACUUACUAUGGUGGGGAUGUCUUCGGAUUCGUAGACAUUGCACUGAUGGGAUAUUACAGCUGGUUCAAAGCCAUUGAGAAGUUUGGUGAGUUCAGUAUCGAAGCAGAGUUCCCAAAAUUGACUCAGUGGACCAAGAGGUGUUUAGAGAGAGAGAGCGUGGUUAUGUCAAUAGCUGAUUCUGACAAGAUUGUCGAGUAUGCUUAUGUCCUCAGAAGGAAAUUGCGAGCUGAGUAGAUCUUUGUCAUGUUGUCGAAAUGAGUCUGAACACAUAAGGAAAAAGAUGGUUUGAUAUCAAGAAGACUGUUAUGUUCUGUUUUAUGUGAAAUUUGUAUUUUCUUUUGUUUUUUAAUACUUUCUAGUUUCUAAAGUAGGAUUAUCCAUAAUAAAAAUGUUUGUUUCCUCU